ACACACACACACACAUAUAUAUAUAUACAUACAUACAUACAUAUAUAUAUAUAUAUAUACAUAUACAUAUACAGGCAAACACAAAGAUCUCUAUUUUUUGAUAUCCCAGCACCUUUAAACUUCAAGAAAAGUGAAAAAACGCCAAGAGAUGUCUUCGUCUAUGUCAAGAUUGAUUUGGGAUAAUUCUAUGUUAUCUUUGAAAUCUUCCGAUAAAUCUCUCCCAUUUAAUCCGAUUUCAAAAACACCUUUCUUGAAGAACAAGGAAUAUGCAUGGAAUUUGCAGGGCAGAAGUUGCAGAAGCUUGCAGUACUUGAUCAACAAGCCGAUGAAUCAACAAACUAUGUUUGUGAUAAGAAGCAACGUUAAUCCACCACCAGCUGGAGUUCCAGAUCCUUCUGGACCUCCUUCUGGUUCCUUGAGAAAUUGGAUUGUGGGAAUUGUGUUAACAUUCGUUUUACCAUUUUUCACCCAUAAAUGGGGAUCAUUUCUUCUACUAAAAAAUAAAAUAGACAAGAAAAUAGAGACGACGGAGCAUGUCGUAAAAGGUAUAGAAAAGGUGGCGGAAAGAGUUGAUAAAGUGAUUGAUAGCAUAACUGAUGAUCUUCCGGAAGAGAGCAAACUGAAGAAGGCUUUGGUAUUUGUGGAUGAAAUUGCCGAAGGAGUCGCUAAAACUGCUCAUGUUGCAGAUACUAUCAUCAAUAAGCAGGUGGAAGAAGCUGAAGAUAAAUUGGAUUCAUUUAUUCACCAGGAAAACCAAAAGGGGGAGGAGACUGCACAAAAGGCUAAAGACAAAGAGAGUCAAGAAAUCACUGCCCAAGAUCAAGAAAAUGAUAAAUAAAAUUAAAAUCAAUUAAUUAUUUAAUUUCAUUUGGUCAAUCUUGACCACAUCCAUCGAUAUUUUUUAUUACUAGAAGGAUACUCGUGUAAUUCAGCGAGAUAAAUC